AUGUUUGGCGAGGCCAAGUGUGAUGGCGACUGUGAUUUAGGCCAACUAUGUAUAAAUAAUACUUGCUCUGCUUGCGAGUCAGAUGCACAAUGCCAGUCGAUGGUAAACUCACAGAAUGUUUGUAAGAAUGGUCUGUGUACACACAAGUCUUUGUUCCAUAAUAAGUUGACUGGUCUUGACUUUGCUGGAUUCAUACUUCUAUUCAUUGGUUGUGCACUCUCAUCUGGAGGUGGCAUUGGCGGUGGUGGUAUCUACAUCCCCAUCCUCAUCCUCAUCGACAAGUUUGAUCCAAAGGAAGCCAUUCCAUUGUCCAACUGUUUGGUCGCUGGAUGUUCAUUGGCCAACCUUAUCCAAAACUUCCCAAGACGUCAUCCAAAUGCUAAUAAGCAUUUGAUUGAUUAUGCUGUUGUGUUGUUGAUUGAGCCGUUGACAUUGGGAGGCACAACAUUUGGAAUCUAUCUUCAUACUAUGCUGCCAUCGUACGUCAUUCUCAUCUUGCUCGUGCUGACAUUGUUCGCCACUGCUGCCACCACACUCAAGAAGGGUGUGGACCUCUACAAGAAGGAGCGUGUCACCAAGGAGUACAACUUACUGGUCAACGAUACCAACGAUGGUUCACUCGUCAUGGAGCCACCCAACCCAUUCAUGGACGCUGAUUGGUUCAAGAUAUUCUCAAUCACUGGCAUAUUGAUCUUGUCGACGUUGUUCUCCGUGUUCAAGGGAGGCAACCAGGAGUAUAGUAUUGUGGGCGUGAAGUUGUGCUCGCCUGGAUACUGGGUGUUGGCCUUUGCCAUUUGGCCCGUGGUCAUGGUUGCCUGGGCCCUGACCUCCCGCUUCCUCUAUUCACAAUGGUUGAACAAUCAGACGAUGGGCAUCUCGAUCGAAGGUGACAUUCGCUACACUCGCAAGACCAUCAUCUUACUUGGAUUGCUCAGUAUCAUGGCUGGUGUACUCGCCUCACUCCUGGGCAUUGGAGGAGGUAUGAUCAAGGGACCAGUCCUCCUCUCAAUGGGUCUCAGUCCAGACAUUGUCGCAGCCACCUCCAGUUUCAUGAUUUUGUUUACAUCAGCAUCAUCAGCAUUCCAGUAUAUUCUACUGAAUAAGUUGGCAUUGGAUUAUGGAUUGGUUUACUAUAUCAUUGGAUUCGUGGCCUGCUUCGUUGGUACACAGACAUUGAUAUGGGUGGUGAAGAAGUACAAGAGAAGAUCAUACAUCAUCUUCUUGAUUAGCAGUAUCAUCAUCCUGAGCACCAUCCUCUUGGUGUCCACCGAGGUCAUCGAGAUUGAGAGAUAUCCAAAGCAGAAGUUUGUCUCUGUCUGUGUUCCAGGUGAUGCAGGUGGUGAUUGA